GUGACGGCCAUGUUCGAUUUGAAGUGCCUUUUUGAUUUCGUAUUUCCGUCUUUGAAAUUCUUCUUUAGGGAGGUGUGGAAUUGAAUUGACUAACAUCGUUCUGGUUGAAGAUUUGCAUGUGUUAUUCGUAUAGGACACAAAAUUUUAAAGCUUACAGAGAGAAGUUUACAGUAGGGAAUCUAGGACAUUUUAAUUUAACAUGGCUCUGACUCUGAAAAUCAACAUUGUCAAGAAUAGUUCUGUAAAGACUUUACAGUUUAAUCCAACGGCUACCAUAGCAGCAGCAUUGAGAAUCAUCAGAGAAAGAGUUCCAGAUUCUAGUCCAGGCAAAAUUUCAGAUUAUGGUCUGUUUUGUCAAGAUGAUGAUCCGUAUAAAGGAAAAUGGUUGGAUCCUGCAAGACAACUUGACUUCUAUCCCCUCAAGUCUGGAGAUAUGCUUGAAUAUAAAUCAAAAGUUAGACAUCUGAAAAUCAAGUUCAUGGAUGGUUCAGUGAAAACAUUACAGAUUGAUGACAGUCACAGUGUUGGUGAGAUUUUAGAUUCAGUUUGCUUGAAGAUGGGUAUUGGAAAUGUGGAGGAAUUCUCCCUGCUUGUUGAAGGUCAGAAAGAGGACAGGGAGGACAUAGACAGAAUGGGGACAAUAAAAAGGGACAAGUCUGUUAAAGAUGUAUCUCUCAAGAAGAUGGAAGAAAGAGACAAAAAGAAAAUGGAUCAGUUAAAGAAAAAACUCCACACAGAUGAUGAAGUACACUGGCUUGAUCAUGAUAAAACUCUCAGAGAACAAGGAGUAGAUGAUUCACACACAGUUCUGUUAAGGCGGAAGUACUUCUACUCAGAUCAGAAUGUUGACAUCAAAGAUCCUGUCCAGCUUGGCUUAUUGUAUGUUCAGUGUCGAGAUGGUAUCUUAGACGGAACCCAUCCCUGCACACAGGAGGAGGCAGCGCAGUUAGGAGCUAUUCAGAUUCAAGUCCAAUUUGGAGACUUUGAAGAAGGAAAAUACAAAUUUAUAGAUCUUAAAGAAUUUCUUCCUAAAGAGUAUGUGAAAUCAAAGAAUAUAGAGAAGAAGAUAAAAGAGGAACACAAGAAAGUAACUGGUCAUGAUGAGUUACAGGCCAAGUACAAGUAUGUGCAGUUAUGUAGAGGAUUAAAGACUUAUGGAGUAACCUUCUUUCUUGUCAAGGAGAAAAUGAAAGGAAAGAAUAAACUUGUCCCUCGGCUUUUGGGAGUCACAAAAGAGAGCAUUCUAAGAGUUGAUGAGAAAACUAAGGAGGUAAUGAAAACCUGGCCUCUUACUACAGUAAGAAGAUGGGCAGCCUCACCCAACAGUUUUACUCUGGAUUUUGGGGAUUAUUUAGAGUCUUAUUACUCUGUGCAAACCAAUGAAGGAGAGAAAAUAUCUCAACUAAUUGCUGGCUACAUUGAUAUUAUUUUAAAGAAGAGAAAAGGUCAAGAUGGUUAUGAUCCAGAUUUUGAUGAGGAAUCAACAAUGGUAGAGGAUUCUGUUACUCCCUCAAAAGGCACAUACUUAGAACGACAAACUAAUAAAGUUGGUCAUGCUGCUACUGGAUCAGUAGCUCUGCCAGCAGUGAUGAGAGCAGGAGGUCCAGGUGCAUCCAGGUACAGUGUGGGUAAGAUGGAGCCAGCCCAGUAUGGGACAGUCACAGGAUCAGCACACUCUGCCCACAGACCACCCAUGGGAUCCCAAGCCAAGCUGCACAGCCUCACUCCAGCACAAAAGGCAUACAUGAGCAGCCUAAGCUAUGGUCUGGACACAAUUGUCUCUGCUGAACAAGACCUGGGAUCUCCUGCAGAAAUUCCUGCCCUUGGUUCAGAUCCAGCAUCUCUGAAGUGGAAGCAGAACACUUUGGACCAUUCCAGACAAAAUGUUGCAUCUCGCCUUGCUGCUCUGUCAGCAUCAUGUGCCUCCAUUGUCACUCUCACAUCAGGUGAGCCAGAGGAAACAAACUACACUGCUGCUGGUGCUGCUGUCAACACUAUAUCUUCAAACCUUCAAGACUUAUCCAAAGGAAUCAAAAUGAUUGCAGGACUACUUGAUGAUGAUGAUGAUGGUAAAAACCUCUUGGAUGCCACACGCAGCUUGGCAGGUGCUUUUUCUGCUCUCUUGAAAGCUGCUCAGGAAGGGGGUGGAGCCGAUAGUGAGUCCAGAGGCAAGCUGUUGUCAGCAGCUGGUAAUGUGGGCUCAUCAGGAGCAACUCUUCUGCAGUACAUGGGUGAACCUGAUGUAGAUCAACAAACUCAAGAGAUGUUGCUUGCUUUGGCCCAAGCUGUAGCUAAUGCAACAGCAGCUCUGGUGCUUAAAGCUAAGAAUGUUGCAAGUCAAUCCAAUGAUACAGGGGCUCAAGGCAAAGUAAUCACUGCUGCCAAGGAGACAGCCAGGACAACAGCCCAGUUGGUGGCCUGUGUUAAGGUGGUCGUUCCAUCUAUCAGUAGUCACAUGUGUCAAGAACAAGUUGUGGAAGCUGCAAAACUUGUUGCUACUGCUGUUGAUGAUACUGAGGGAGCUUGUAAGGAAGCGGCCCCUGAAGAUUCUGAUCUGCUGAAGGAGCUCCUGGCGGCUGCCCAGGCUGUUCGAGAUGCCAUGAAUAGUCUGCUGCAGAAGGUGCGAGAUGGAAGCUGGGAAGCCCAGCAGGCCGGGCAGUAUGACGCUGCUUGUGAUGAUAUUCUUGGAGCCACUGACAGGCUGUUUAACAGCAUGGGUAAUGCUGGGGAGAUGGUCAAACAGGCAAAGAUUUUAGCGCAGGCAUCUUCUUCGUUGGUGACUGGAAUUAAAGCGGAAGCUGAAACUCAAGAUGACUCAGAUGCUCAGAAGCGACUUUUAGCGGCUGCCAAAGUGUUGGCCGAUGCUACGGCAAAGCUCGUGGAAGCAGCUAAGGGAGCAGCAAGAAACCCAAAUGCAGCGGAUCAACAGCAGAAACUAAAACAGGCUGCAGAAGAUUUGAGAUCAGCAACGAAUGCUGCGGCCAGCGAUGCUUUGAAGAAAAAGCUGGUCAAGAGACUUGAGACAGCAGCUAAGGAAGCAGCUGGCCAAGCUACUCAGCUGAUCGCUGCAGCCCGCAGCGCAGGUCCUUCGAAUCGAAAUCAAGCGUCACAACAGCAACUGAAUGACCAAUGCAAGCCAGUAGAGGAACACAUUAACCAACUGGUAGAAGCUCUAAGAGACACAUCAAGAAAUCCUGAUCUUGCCGCCCCCCAACUUGCGUUAAUAAACGCCUCAAAGGAGUUCAUGCAGCCCACAUCCAAACUUGUGGCAAACUCUAAAGCUGCUCUACCGACCAUCGGAGAUCCGAUCACAGCCACACAGCUCGCAAACUUUGCCAAGUCAACUGCAUCUUCACUUGGAGACUUGAGAGAUGCUGCGGAUAAGGCUGCUGAAGCCUGUGGAACACUGGAGAUUGACAGUGCUUUGGAUGCAGUUAGUUCUCUUGGACGUGAUUUGGAGGCAUAUGAGAAGAGCGCUGAGGAAGGAAAAUUGCUCCCACUGCCAGGAGAUACUGCAGAGUCUUGUGGUCUUGAACUUGGUGCAACAUCAAAGUCUGUUGGCUCAUCAAUGGCACAACUUCUAACCGCUGCCUCUCAGGGCAAUGAAAGUUACACUGGUAUCGCAGCGAGGGACACAGCUAGCGCCCUGCGUGUGCUGACUGCAGCAGCUAGGGGAGUGGCAGCAACAGCUGACGAAAGAGCCCUGCAGAUGAACUUGAUCAAAGCAACGCAGGCUGUUGUUGCUGAGUCGGCAAAAUUAAUCCAAGAAGCAAAAAGUGCCGUGAACAACCCAGGAGAUCCUAAUAACCAGCCAAGGCUGGCACAGGCUGCUAAAGAUGUAUCGAGCGCACUAAACAACUGUGUGAACUACCUACCGGGUCAACGAGAUGUUGAUGAAGCAAUAAAAGCCGUGGUUAACUCCAGUCAGAGCUUAGCCAUAGGAGAUUUCCCAUCCACCUCUGAAGGUUACCAAGUUGUUCAAGAGAAGCUCAGCAUGAGAGGGGCAGCGCUGAAUGCCGCAGCCAGUGACAUGGUGUCAGCCUCGCGUGGAACCUCCAACCAACUGGCUGUAUCCACUAAGAAGUUUUCACUGUCCUACCAAGACUUGCUGGACAGUGGACUAAAGCUAGCUGGACAGGCCAAGGAUGAAGCAGCCAAGGAUUCCUUGGUGCGUAACUUGAAGAACACAUCAACUGCGUCCAGUAAACUCCUUUUGGCUGCCAAAUCAUUGGUUUCCGAUCCGAAUGCACCUAAUGCUAAGAACUCGCUCGCUAAUGCUGCAAGGGCUGUUACUGAUAGUAUUAACAUGCUGCUCAAUGCUUGUAUGUCUGCCGCUCCUGGGCAAAAGGAAUGCGACAAUGCCUUGAGAAAUAUCCAGGCAGUUAGUAACAUCCUGGAUAAUCCAGUUGAACCAGUCAACAACGACACAUUCUUUGACUGUCUCGAUAAAGUAACUCGCAAAUCCCAGGAUCUAACAGAAGCGAUGCCAAGGAUUUCCAACAGUGUCAGGUCUGGUGAUUUCAAUGAGUUUGAUGAUGGCGUUAAAAACGCCUCCGGUGCUGUAUGUGCGUUGACAGAGUCUGCCGCACAGGCUGCAUACCUUGUGGCAGUUGCUGAUCCAUCAAGUGUGGCAGGAAGACCAGGUUUAAUAGACCAGGCGCAGUUUAUGAACUCAAAACAAGAGAUUGUAGACGCAUGUCAGAGUCUGCUCAACCCAGACGCCAGUCAACAGCAGGUCCUCGGAGCUGCUACAUCAGUCGCCAAGCACACGUCUGCCUUGUGCAAUGCGUGUAAAGCAGCCUCUGCGAAAACCAACAACCCUGCAGCCAAGAGGCAGUUUGUGCAGUCAGCCAAAGAUGUGGCCAACAAUACAGCAAACUUGGUUAAGAAUAUUAAGGUGUUUGCGAGUGACAUGUCCGAUAAUAACAGGGAAGCAUGCGCAGCCUCGACUAAACCGCUGAUAAACAGCGUAGAGAGUCUAACAGCGUACGCGCUGUCCCCAGAAUUUGCUGCAGUACCCGCUAAAAUCAGUGCGGAGGCCCGUUCAGCUCAGGUUCCGCUGAUCAUGUCCGGCAAAUCCAUGGCCACUUCAAGUUCAAAUUAUUUCAAUGUUGCCAAAGCUCUUGCUGUGAACUCUAAAGAUCAGACAGGCUGGCAACAACUCGCCCAGCAAGCUAAAGCUGUGUCUGAUGCUAUGAGGAGACUAAUUACUGCGAUCAAAGACAAUGCCCCUGGUCAAAGAGAAUGCGAUGAAGCGUUAGAACAAAUUAACUACACCAUAAAUCAACUGGAUCAAGCAUCAUUGGCUGCCAUUAGUCAGCAGCUGGAACCGAGACCUGAAAACACUUUACAGGGUUUCCAAGAACAAAUGAUGCAAAACUUGAGUCAGAUGACUGAUGUUAUCGAUCCAUUAGCAGCGGCAGCGAAGUCCGAACCAGAGAAGAUUGGGCACAGGGUAGCUCAGAUGUCGAGUUUUAUUGCUCCGCUGGCCGACCUGGCUGUAGGCGCAGCUUCACGUACCGCAGAUGUUCAACGCAAGGUUGACUUGUUAGAUCAGGCCAAGACUGUGGCGGAGUCGGCAGCACAACUCAUGUACGCCACUAAAGAAGGCGGAGGAAAUCCAAAGGCUGUUCAUGCUCAUCCAGAUAUUGACGAAGCAGCUCAGGGAAUGAAGGAAGCCGUACGGGACCUGGGACAAACUCUUGAAGAAGCCGCCAGUGAAACCGGUGUUGUGUCCGGUUUGAUUGACAGUAUCGGAAAAGCACUAGCUGAGAUUGAUCAACCCUUGGUUAACGGUCGAGCAGAUGGAUUUGAAGGUAUCGAUGAACCAUUUGUCAAUUAUCAAGAGAAGAUGACCCGCGGCAUGAAGGAACUGACCAAGAAAGCUCAUGAUAUGGUUGGUAAAUCGACCACAGAUCCGACCAAACUUGGUCCUCUUGGUAAAGACAUUAGUAAAAUGUACAAUGACAUCGCAAAAGACGCCAAAGGAGCUGUCAAAACAGUCGGGAACCCUGAGAUCGCGCACCGCAUUCGCACUGGUGUCCAGGGUCUAGGAGAGGCUUGUAUCAGUUUGAUUCAGAGCGGUGGAGCUGUCCAGAGUAGACCAAAGGAUCCAUUUUCAAAGAAAGAACUCGCUGACAACUGCAGACAUGUCGCAGAGAAGGUUUCUCAUCUCUUAGCAGCCCUUCAGCAAGGCUCGCGUGGUACCCAGGCCUGCAUUAAUGCGGCAAGUGCUGUUCAGGGAAUAGUGGGUGACCUGGAUACUACUGUGAUGUUUGCUUCGACUGGUACACUGCACCCUGAGACUGAAGGGGACACUUUUGGAGAUCACAGGGAAGCUAUCCUUCGAACAGCCAAGACUUUAGUGGAAGACACUAAGAAUCUUGUGUCUGCGGCACAGGCCUCCCAAGAUGUCCUAGCCUCAGCUGCCGAGGCUGCGGUCGGCUCAGUUUCCAAUUUAGCAGAUAAUGUGAAGCUCGGAGCUCUGGCGCUCGGACCGGAUGAUAGUGAUGCACAGCAAAUGUUGCUUAAUGCUGCUAAAGACGUGGCGUCUGCCCUUGGAGCUCUGAUUAACGCUACCAAGAAUGCAUCCGGGAAACCUGUCAGCGACCCAUCCACUGAAGUGCUCAAGACAACAGGAAAGACUAUGGUAGCUAAUGUGUCCUCGCUGCUGAAAACGGUAAAGAGUGUGGAGGAUAAAGCAUUACGAGGUACCAGAGCCUUGGAGUCAACCAUAGAUGCUGUCAAGCAGGCCGUGCUGGUAGUACAAAAUCCGUCGAUGCCUGUUCGGGAUGCUACACCCGAAGACCUUAUAAGGAGUACAAAACACGUCACCUUAGCAACAGCCAAAGCGGUGGCUGCUGGGAAUUCUUGUCAGCAAGAUGACAUCAUGACAGCUGCUAACAUGGGCCGCAAAGCAGUGACAGAAAUGUUAAUUAUUUGUAAGGGUGCCGCCAACAAGGCAGAAAGUAACGACGCCAGAUCCCAGGCCCUUCGGAGUGGAAUGGAAUGUGGCAAUUCAUUUGGGGAGCUGCUUGAUCUCGUGCAUAAUAUUGUUCAGAAACCGUCCCAAGAUAAGAAGGUGAAACUUACGCCACAGUCUAAGAUUGUCGCUGAUCAAGUCGCCAAACUUGUCAAAUCGGCCGAAGCACUGAAAGGUUCUGACUGGGUGAACCCUGAAGAUCCUAAUGUCAUUGCUGAGAACGAGCUGCUUGGCGCCGCUGCUGCGAUCGAAGCAGCAGCAAGGAAACUUGCUGAACUCAAACCCAAACCACGUCCUAAGGAAGCUGACGAGUCGCUCAACUUCGAAGAACAAAUUCUGGAAGCUGCAAAGGCAAUAACAGCUGCCACUGUGGCACUGGUGAAGUCUGCUUCAGCGGCCCAAAGGGAACUGGUGGCGAGUGGCAGGGUGUGUUCAGCGUCCACAGAUCCUAAUGAGGAUGGACAAUGGUCACAAGGGCUUGUGUCAGCGGCGCGUAUGGUGGCAGCAGCAACGACAACAUUGUGUGACGCAGCUAACGCGGCCGUCCAGGGUAACGCAAGCGAGGAAAGGCUAAUAGCAGGAGCUAAACAAGUGUCGAAUUCCACUGCCCAGCUGCUGUUAGCAUGUAGAGUGAAAGCUGACUCCAAUAGUGACACACAGAGGAGACUUCAGAUUGCCGGCAAUGCCGUCAAGAGAGCAGCAGACAACUUGGUAACCGCGGCUAAGAGUGCAGCUAUCUUUGAAGAACAAGAGACUACGGUUGUUAUUAAUCAGCGGUUUGUUGGUGGAAUUGCGCAGGAGCUGGAAGCUCAGGAGAAGAUCCUGCGCAUCGAAAAAGAACUGGCAGCGGCGAGAAAUAAACUGAGUCAAAUACGACAGGCGAAGUACAGGCCGGAGGAGGAUGAUUAACUCAAGAAAAAAUGACAGUUCCAAGAAUAUCUUAUAACAUUGUAUAAAACUAACUAGUUGCAGUUGGAAAAGGUUUUCACACUGUCAAAUGUUUAAAUUGGAAGCAUUUCCCUCAGUUGAUAAGUCCUCGGUUUCGUCGUUUAUCAGUCAAAGUAUAGAAAGUAGUAUACGAUACUUGGUCAUUGUUUAGUUGAGUCUGUCUGUUGUAAGCUGUUCUAUAUUUAUAGGAGAAGUUAUGACAAAUCUACGUCGUUAGUUAUAAAGAUUAGUUUUGAUGUUUGGUUUAACAAUAAUAUAUGCCCGGCAAGUCAGAAUCAGUAGGCAUUUUCUCGUCGUGAGGCUUUAUUUUCGGCAAGUGUUUAGUUUCUCUGUGCACGACUUAACCCUCACCCUGUUUUUUAGUGGUGAAAACAACAAAUUAACGAACUGACGCUUUUUUUAAGUAUCUGUGUGUACGGGUUCCGUUAUAUUCGUAACUGUUUUGUACGAUUUUCGAAAAAUAACUUUUUUGUAUUUUUUUUAAAUAUAUUUUUGUUAACAUUUUCAUGGCUUAGAUUCAAAGAACUUAUUAUUUUUGUAUUUUGUUGUUAUUUUUAUAUUUAAUGAAGUUUUGCUUUCUUCAACGACCAUCUUAGUCCAACGAUCUACGAUGAUUCCAUAGAAACAAAGCACACGGUUAGAAUUAACGAAGGGACUGGAAGCGAAAUGUGAUUUAGAAUACUGUUGAUAAAAUCUAAAUUAAUGAAUGAUUGCAAAUGGAUAUACACACAAUUGAUAGUCAGAGUUUGAAAUGAAUCCUCUCAAGUGUUAGAUGACAUGGUAAUGGCUUGAUUUAAAAGGGAAAUAAAAGAGUUAUUUUGCGUA